AUGGACCUGUAUUAUCACAUUUAUCAGAUUGCACUCCCAAAUUUUAGAGAAGAAGACAGUUCCUUAGACUUUUCUGCCGCUUUUCCGACUUGGUUUAACGGUUGGUUUUCAGUUGCAGAGCGGCUCUCAGAAAGUAUACAUAUCGUGGACCACGAUCCUUCUUUAGCACUUUACCGGCUUCAGGAACAUAUUGGGAAGUCUUUACCUGUAUUAAACAACAGAAAAUAUACAGUUUUAGAAGUGAAUACAGCAUUACAGGGUGCUUGCUAUGAUCUUGAUAAUAUUAUUCGUGCUAUUCAGUCCAUGGAAGAAGCUUCAAGACGAUUUUUCACCGUGAAAAAUUUCCUUCGUAGCUGUGAAGAAUAUGAAAGGAAGCUUGAUCUUGGAAAUGAGUAA